AUGCUGGCCGAGGCCCUGGCGGCCCAAGGCACCUACCCGUCCCUGGAGCUGAUGGUGCGGGUGAUCGAGCAGGAGGAGGCCGCGGACCGGCGGUGGCUGGAGGCGCAGGGGGGCGGUGCGGGGCCCCGGCCCCGGGCCAUGCGCCGCAGGUGGGCCGAGGCGGUGAAGCGGGCGGUGGGCGAGCGGCUGGGCCAGUGCGCGGAGGACAGUGGCGGCCCCCUGGCGGGGCACGUGGAGCGCCUGACCCGCUGCCUGGUGGAGGACCUCCGCGCCGUCAGGAGCCACCUACUGCCGGCGUAUCCCCCCGAGUACCAGGCCCUGGACAUCUACGCCCGCAGCUACCAUGAGGGGCUGGCCCAGCUGCUGGGCAGCAUCGCCCAGAGGAGCCUGUCCAUCGCCGAGCUCUACUUCCUCCUGGACUGGCACAGCAACACCUACCCCAGGGAGGUGCUGGGGCGGCUGGACAUCGCCCCACUGCUCAGCGCCCACGAGCUAGAGCCCCUGCUGCCCCCCGAGACCCAGCGCCGCUUGGAGGAGGCCUGCGUUGCGGCAGUGAAGACCAAGAUCGUGGCAGACAUGAGCCGGGAGCUGCGGGAGGAGGAGCAGCGCUGGGCACAGGAGCCAGGACGGGACCACAGCCAGCUGGAGCUGUCCAGCCGGGUGAUCUCUGUGCUGAAGGCCCAUGUGGACAAAGCCCCCCGGAUCACGCCGGAGUUCGGGGAGCAGAUAGUGCUCUGCUGUCUGACUGGUCUGGCCGAGUUCCUGCAGAGCUUUCAGAGCAAGGUGGAGCAGUUCCACGAGGGGCCCGGCAAGAGCGGCCCCCCCACCGACAGCUAUGUGGGCAGGACCAUCGCGCUCGUCAACUGCUGCCCCCCCUUCAGGGAAUACGUGGAGCAGCUGGCGCAGUUUGGCCACUCGGAGAGCGAUGCCCCCCAGCGCCAGGCCAGCGCCGCCCUGGACAAGGUGACCCGGCUCUGCAACCAUGUCCUGGCCCAGCAGCUCUUCGAGGAGCUCCGGCCCUACUUCCCCAAGCUGAUGAAGAGGAAGUGGCUGGCCAGCUCGGAGAGCUUCGACGCCAUCGUCGCGCUGCUCACGGACUACACCCAGAAGCUGCGGAAGAUGCAGCCGGAGCCGUACGAGGUGGGUGCUGCCGAGGGCGUGUCUCUGUCCCCAGCAGCUUGGCAACAGCCCCUUGCAUUUGACGCCGCCACGUCGGAGGAGAGUGCUCUUCUUCCCUGCGUCAGCGUGGGUGGAGGUAUGCGAAGGGUCCGCACGGCAGAUGAUGGCUCGUUCUUGAGUGCAG